AUGCCUGAGAGUGGUGGACAAGUGGCCGUGGGCCCCGCCCCCAGGCCUGUGCGCAAGCGUACGGGGGAUAAGAAAGAUCCCUCAGGCUACGCUCUGCCAGAGCCGGGCGCUGGGCUGGGUGAUGUGUUAGGUGGUUUGAUGGCGCCGGGCAGAGCGUUGCGUACAGCGGCCCUGGGUUUGGCGCUGCGGCUGCUGCUUGCCUUCGGGCUCGGCCUGGAAGCCACCCCGACCUCGACCCCAACCAGGUCCUUGACGGAGGACCCAGGCCCCAGUGCAGGCUCGUGCGCGCCCACCAAUUUCCAGUGCCGGACCAGUGGUCUCUGUGUGCCCCUCAAAUGGCGCUGCGAUGUUGACAAGGAUUGCCCUGAUGGCAGUGAUGAGGUGGAAUGCGGUAUUGAGCCAUGCACCCAGGAUGGGCAGUGCCCGCCACCCAUUGGCAGACCCUGCCCUUGUGACAGCAUCCAUGACUGCCCUGAAGGUGUUAAUGAGAACUGCCGGCACCAGCCCUGCCAGGAGGGGGAGGUUUACUGCCUGCCGGAGAAUUCCUGUAUCCCAAUCACGUGGCUCUGUGAUGGUCACCCAGACUGUUCGGACUACAGCGAUGAGCUUGGCUGUGGAACCAAGACUGUCCAGGAAGGGGGUGCCACGUCCAUGGGAACCCCUGUGGGCAAUGCCACAGUCACCUCUGUCGACGACCAGGACUCAGUUCAGUCUGGAAACCGAAGUGCUUAUGGGGUUAUCGCAGCUGCUGUGGUGCUCAGUGUAGGUCUGGCCAUCACCAUCUUCUUCGUGUUGUCACGAUUCUGUGCCCAGGGACGCCUGUCCCCGCUGGGGCUGCUGGUGGCCCUAAAGGGGUCUCUGCAGUCAGAGAAGACGGCCUCGGUGCUCUGAGGAUGAGCCAUUGCUGUCACAUCGCAUGGUCCCUGAGUAUGGCAGGUAUGGGGACAUGCACAUGACUGUGGGCACAGUAGCCCCCAGACCUGGAUUCUUCUACACAGCAGCACUGAGUACCUGAGCUCCUGAAGAUGGGGCCCUGGAGGCUGGGACCCUCCCCUGGAUGCCAGGAACCUGGAUGGGAAACGUGCCAGAGCUGGAACCGAGGGGCUGGCCCCAGGUCACUCCCAGGGUAACCCCGCUGCUCAGAUACUACUGCAGCCCCUGCCUGAGGGUGGUGAUUAAAGUUGCUUUCACAUCCUC